ACGAAUUCACCGGACGUCUUAUCCUUUAGGCCACGACGAACUCGUUAAUGAAUUCUAACUUAAUCUAAGCGUUAGAAUUCGUCCAGUAAAAUUAUAAAAUAUUUAGAAACAAGUUUAAGUUUUGUUUUUGUAUGUAAAAGUCUUAUUCAACGGUAUUUUGUGUCGCGUACUAUGGCUAAUCUAUUGUAAGUUAACGUAAUCUAUAAAACAGUAAUAUGUCAAACGCGAAUGCCACAGUUAUUGCAAUCUUAUAUUCGCUUAUAUUCAUUUUUACAAUAUUGUAUUUAUCUUGUAAUUCCUUCGUAACUAUCGUCAGAAGUUUCUUCAAUUUCAUUUUUGGUAUAAAUAUGGUCGAAAACUCUCAUAAGCGAAAGCGAACAGCUUCUGACGAUCAUAACCAAACAGUAUCGCUGAGGGGUCUUAUAAAUGCAAAUUGGCAAAAAUUACUAGCGAGUAAUCUUCUUAUGGAUCACAAAGAGGAAAAACAAGCACCAAAGGAGCAGUACACAGGUAAAUUCCGUAGAAACAGGAAAACUGAACAGAAAAUAAACAAAAGCAAAGACUUGCAGCCAACCGUUCGGAAAUUUGAAACUUUGAAUUUAGAACCUGACCAGGCAGACGGACAUGAAGAUGAUAUAGCACUUAAUGACAGGAAACAAGCUAAAAACAAAAUAACCAAGUUCAUUGCUAUGGACUGCGAAAUGGUAGGAAUAGGUUAUGAUGGAAAUGAUCACAUGUUAGCCAGAGUAUCUUUAGUCAAUAAAUUUGGUGACUGCAUAUACGACAAGUUUGUGAAGCCCCGUGAAGAAGUUAAAGAUUAUCGUACAAUAGUCAGCGGGAUACGCAAAGAGGAUCUAAUUAAUGGUGAAGAUUUUUCAAUUGUUCAAAAAGAAGUAGCAGACGUUAUUAGAGGUAAAAUAUUAGUUGGACACUCAUUGAAAAAUGAUCUAAAUGUUCUGUUUUUGUCACAUCCCAAACGAAAUAUCCGGGACACAUCUAAGUACAAACCAUUCAAAAAGAUAACAAAAGGCAGUACUCCGUCGUUGAAACGUUUAGCUAAAGAAAUACUAAGCAUUGACAUACAGCACGGAGAGCACAGCUCAGUAGAGGAUGCCAGGGCAGCUAUGCAACUUUACAGAACUGUGUCGAAGAAGUGGGAAGCCGGACUGAGCGACAGAAGAGGCUACAAAAAAAUAAAUGAAUGACUUAAAAUGAUGAUUCAUUAUUAUAUUAAAUUUGUAUUAAAAAUGAAGUUUAGCUUGGUAUUUCUAUUCCAUAAGAUUAAUCUGCAAUCUGCUACAAAAAAUUACAAUCCUUUGAUAUUAAACUUGUACUGGCAAAACAUUUCUUUUUUUUUUCCCUGCCUAUUUGAUGGUCGAUGCCCUUAGAGCUAUUUCAGCUACGUCCUGACGAGCAGGUAAGCUCACGUACUCAACCUGAGAGAAUUAGCUAAUAGUAGCCCCAGCAAAAGCAGGGCUUUGCAGAAUACACCACCUUCUACCAUCGGUUACGCGACCCGUUGACAAGGUCUGGCGUGAAACUCAGUGAGCUAACAUUUAUGGAACGUUCAGUUACUCAUACCCGUUUUUGCCUGUUCUUUUAAAAUGACGACUUAACAUUAACGCAAUGGAGGUAAAGUUUAUUAAUGUUUGUUGGACAUGUCCCUUCUGUUCGUACCUAUUACUUUUGCAAAAUAGCUUCAAGGCACCGAGGAAAUGUUUACGGAGAUGGUGGCUGUUCGUUGCCCCGUCGUCUGAGUCGAUUUUGUGGUGGGUACAAUAAGAGGGUUCUAGUGCCGUGCUGCUUUCUCGAAUAAGCAAUUUGGCGUUCUCUUAAAAAAAACUAAUAGAUUCGAACCUUAAUUCGUCGUGAAGUUCUACAUUCCUCACAUACCAUGGUGCUCCGAUAGCUAUCCUGCAAAGGCAGGGUUGGUCAUGUGGAUAUGGUCCGCGUAAGCAAACACACACACUUGCAAAAGUCAUGAGUAUAACUCUAUCCCAAUUAAUAAUUAUGGAGGAUAGAACAAAAGAGUACCGUCUCCGUAUAUUAAAAAGUGUCUGCUGUAAAGAAGCCAGUUAAGGUGGCGCCACAGUAGCAAGUGGAAAGAUUUAAAAAACAACGACUUAAACUAGAUAUGUACCACACUUCGGCUAUGUUCCGAUAUGCGCUGCGAACACUGUAAAGUAUAACUUUUUAUUUAUUUACUGCAUAGGUGGGUGGAUGAGCUCACAGCCCACUUGAUUUUAAAUCGUUACGCAUGGGUAGAUCGUACCCACCAGUGCGGACUCACAAGAGGUCCUACCACCAGUAAUUACGCAAAUUAUAAUUUUGCGGGUUUGAUAUCUAUUACACGAGGUUAUUCCCUCACCGCGGAAGUCAAUAAUGACGUCAAUUUAAUAUACCGCGAAGCCACUCCUUUAUAGUUAGGUAGAAUAACAUAGCUUUCACUGCAAUCCUGAAUGCUUCACUCUGUUUAAAACUGAUAUAUUCAUACUAUUACCAUUUCCUACAUUAGCGCUAUUUCGAUAAGAGAAAAAUAACUUGCUACUUACAGGUGGACAUUUUAACUUGUCCCCUUUAUAACAUAGUAGGUACUCUUGCUCAUGCAUACUCUUGUUUUAACUAUUCAACUGAUGAAAAGCUAAUUCUAUCCUUCAUGCUAACAAUGUAAGUUUUAAUAGUAGAAUUUUUAUUUUUGUAUACAAAUGGUAGUCUCUAAAAACAUAAAAUCAUCAACUGUUAAUACAUAACUGAAAGAGUGCAAAGAUUUAUAAUACAUUUUAAUUCAUCGGUAGUAGUAAUUAGAUUAUUAAAUUGUUAAAAGGUAAAAAAAAUAUUCAUUAAAUUAAUUAAAACGUUGUUGAUUGACUGGAAUGCAUAGAAAGCUGUGAUCUUCUACCAAAAAUAUCAAUUUUUAUAAAGUUUCGAUUCUUAUAAUUUUUUAUCGAAACAUUUCAUAUUGCUAUACUUGACGAGUACAUAAAGUACAGAGAAUAUUGUAUGUAAUAUUUUGAAUAUUUUUAUGUAACGUAAAUUAAUAUCUACCAUACUACAUUAACGCCAAACUACAAACAUAGCAACAUACAAACGGGUAAGUACCCAGAAAAAGGGUUACUAGUUUUAAAAUAUAUCACCAUUAUAGUAGCAUUUGAAUUAAACUUCUGAUCCAUUUGAAAUAAUUUGAAUCAUUUGUUUCUCUGUCUAAAUUAAAGAUCGCCGUCUCAGAUACUUUUCGAAUUGUUUUUCUGAUACUGUUUUUAUUUUUGUUGAUUGCUUUUAAGUAUUUCAUGAUAUUUUCGUAGAAAUUUUCAUAGGCAAUCAAAAUAAAUAAACCGUUUCCAGAUAAAAACAUACUCAUUAAAUUAUAAAUAAAUUCUUACCGUACUGAAAGAAAAGAAGAAAUAGAAAUAAAUGAGUUUUGAUUUUGAAUUUAUUCCACGUUCUGCAAAUUAUCUGUUAAUACAAAGACAAAAAGGGAUUUUAUAUUCGUCCUAUUUGGGGGAGUACAGUAAAUUGUUUUAUUCAGAAGAAUAUAAAAUAGAGAUUUUAUAAUUAUGGCCGAUGCUGUAUCCAUUGACUGCAAAUCGAUCGGUGUGGAAUCCUCUGAAGGUAUCAGAAAUUACCCCGCGUCUGUGGCUAUCGUAAACGAGGACAAGAUAUGCGUUUAUAACGCUGUCAUUAACCCAAGAAACUUACAGAUUUCAGAUUACCGCACACGUUUUCAUGGAAUACAGGCUCAGGAUCUGUCAAGAGGCUUACACAUCAAAGUGGUUCGUCAAGCUGUGAGUCGGAUAUUAAAAAAUUGUCUCUUAGUAGGCUAUGAUGUUUCGAGAAGCUUGAGGCUAUUGGGUCUGGGGCACCCAGAAGAUAAUAUAAGAGAUGUUUCCACGUAUCAUCUUUAUACAAGGUACAAAAAGUACAAUCCAACGCUUAGACAGUUGACGAGAAGUUACUUGUCACGUGGCUUGGAGGCCCCACGUACUGCUGUGAAGGAUGCCACCGCUGCGAUGGAUUUGUAUUUAAAGGUUGCUGAGUUCUGGGAGGAAGAAUUACUAAAUGAGACUGAUAGUUCAGAGUGUGACGAAGAUAGUUAUUAUACUGAUUGAGAACACAUAACUAACGUGACCAUUUAUAUUUUUACUCAAAACGGGACUUUGCUUUAUUUGGGACUAUUGACAGGUAGGUACAUAAUGAAAAAAAAACACGUGUGGGACUCGGGGACUGCCGCGGUAAAGCUAUUGCAUAGUAUUUUUUGUCAACUUAUGCAAUUAUAAUUAGACAAUAGUAAUAAUUUAAUAUUCAAACAAUAAUAAUAAAUUAAGACCACGCUAUAUUUAUAAACAUUAACAAAAGCAAAACAUUAACUGUCCCCUUCACACUUAUAAGCUAUACCGCGCGCGAGAGAGAUGGGCAGACUUUUCCUGAUGCGCAUGCAGUGCGACGUCACGCCGCGCGCUUAUUCACAAACACUACACAAGCGCAACGUGUGAAUGUGUUGAACGCGAGCUACAUGGUAGGCGGAGUGGGGUGUGUUAGGUUUUGUUUUUGUUACGGAAUAUCUUGAUUCGUUCGCCGCGCUCAAAGCCCGCGAUAAAAGCUAUGCAAUAGCUUAAAACAAUACUUUUUUAAAGUUAUUAUUCGGAAAAGUUAGCUUGAAAGCUACGAAUUAAAGAACAUAAUAUUAUUAUAUAUUAUUAUGUACUCAAGAUGUUUAGUUAUAUUUAUAUUUAUUAGAGGAACAAAUUUGCUUUAAUAUAGCUUACCGCGCUCGCGUUCCGCCGAAAACGGGACAAUUUUGCGUUCCAGAGUUCAUUUCGGGGACACCGGAACUCGUAAUUAUUAUAAAAAGGGAUAGUCCCGCUCAAAACGGAACGUCUGGUCACGUUAGAUAUAACCCAACUUUACAUAUUUACCGCUAACCUCAAGCAAUUUUUUUUAAUUAUUGAAUUUCAAUUAAAAAAAAGAUGUGUGGUGUCGUGGGACACCGGAUAGGAACGAAGUUCCUUAUUAUAAAAAUAUAAAUUUGAAGUUCUAUUCGAGGUAUAAAGAAAAUAAAACUGGAGGUUUCGCAACAACCCACGGUCAAUCGGUAACGUGCGAACUUAUUGUGGUACACUUCAUUCACGGUUGUUUGCAUAAGAGUUAGUGUAUUGCGCAAACGAACGCUCUGAGGUCGUAGUCAAUGAAUGAUUAAAAAAUAUGUAAUUUUUUGUACGUUAAUACAAAAUUAAGUCGCAUACUGUGUGCAUUACCAAUUUAUACGUUAUUACAAAGUUAAGUCCCACACUGUGUACAUUAUUUUAUUAUCUUAAAUAUAUAAAAAUGAAUUACUGUUCGCUAGUCUCGCUAAAACUCGAGAACGGCUGGACCGAUUUGGCUAGUUUUACUCUUGAAUUACUUGUGAAAGUCCAGAGAAGGUUUAAAAGGUUUAAAAAAUAUGAAAAAGCUCGGAAUUAAAAAUAAAAAUAACAAUUUUGUUUUUCUUUUGAUGUGUCGCCCGUCGGACGGAUUCCUUUUGUUUGUUUAAAGUUUAUUUUAUACAAAAGCUUAGGUCUUUUACUUAUCGAUUGAGGCACUACGAAGUUUGUCAGGUCAGCAAGUUACUAAUAAAAAUCUUACGUUACGGACGUUUUUUCCCGGCUAGGGUACCCCUCCGCCGAUUCCCAUAAGGAACUUCGUUCCAAUAAAAACAUCGAAUUGUUGAUGCUAAUAUUAAAUAAAACGGACUAUUAAUUACAAAGAUGAAUGUUGCGUAUUAAACGAAAUGUCGCUUAAAUUAAAUAGCCUUUUGUAAAGCAGCGUUCCGUUUCGCGGGGCAACAGUAGCCAAAGGGAUUGUGACUCAGGUCCGUGCCGCGACGACCCACCCCGCGCUACCCAUCUAUUGAACCAUUUGCACCCCCAAUUAGUGCGCGCCAGAGUUUGAAGCGGCAAACAUGCGUCCCUGGCCGAUACCGGAACUGACAACCCGAGAGUCUCAUGCCAGUCGGGCACCCAACAUUAAACUUUCACUCCUCGAUAUGUAUGUCAUUUUAUAUUCACUGUUCGCCAGUCUUGCACUACCAGGAACUGUAAAAUAUUCCAAAAAAUAAAUAAAUUAAUUACAAUAUUAUUUAAACACAAGACUAAGCCGUGAGAGUAAAUUAUGAUUGUCUCCAAAGCGCGCGAAACCAGAUGACCGCCUUUGUUAUAGUACCGAUAAUGAAACCUUUAAUACGUAUUUUUUUGAAACACCCUAUGGUAUAUGUGCCAUAGGCAGACCCUUCAAACAGAUGAAUAGAACUCGCAUAACACAUUCUUCCGUCCCCAUAUGUAUACUUUUCUGGCAAAUGUGUAACGAACAUAAAAUUUUGAAAUUUCUGUAACUCGUCCUAAAUGGCAAAUCUUGGUAAUUUAGUAAGAAACGUAACUAUUCUAGGAGCUUUGACGAUUUGUAUCCAUGUUUUUAUAUUGAUUAUAAAGAGAAUUAUUAUGUACUACCUAGGUACUACCAUAUAUUAUAAUAUUACUAUUGUUAUAAGAAUUAUAAUGAAUGUUAAGUUUAAUAUUUGAUUUUUAAGAUUAAACUGUGACUGAAAAUUGUAAUAUGGUGCAUUUUCUAAAAUAAAUACUUAUUGUAAA